GUUAGUUUCUAGCCCGGGCGAGGCGUGGUCAGUUCACGCGCAGUUGCGGUCCUCCUUGGGUGUGGGAGGUUGCUGUGCCGUAGCUACUUGCUUUCUCGGCUGUGGCCGCGCGCGCGUUCCGUGCUAGCCAUGUGGCGGGAAGUCGUUUAUUUCACCAGGCCACGGGGGAGAGCGGGCCUUUCAUUUCGUGCGGGUUGUUGGAGAUUGCUUAAAGGACGCGCGCUGGUAGACUGGCUUCCUUCUGUAAGAGGGCUUGCCUUUUUCGGGUACUUGCAUACACUGCUCCUGCUCGAGUUGCAGAUGCUCGCGCUUCUAGCGUUGGUCAGCGAGGUAGGGGCUACGUGCGCUCGGCGCGGCGAGUCAGGGGCCCGGCGAUAACGAGGGGGAGGCGCUUUUGGGAGCGAGGUUGUGCUGCCUGGGCAUACAACUGUGCGACUUGAAUAGAUUCAGUCGGUUGCCUGUCUUCCCUUGGGGGC